AUGCCAGGACCGAUGGCCAUCUCCCGGGUGCUGGGCCUCUUUGCGACGCUCAGUGUCAUUUUGUUUCACCGUGCAUGGUUCCCAGAGCCGCAUGCGGGAAGGCGGCUCCUCCACGGAGGCUCCGAAACCUUCCUGGAGUCUCUCAGAAGUAACUGGGACACGACGCUUGAAGACACCUCGGAGCAGUUGAGGCCAUGCCUCUACGCUGAAGUGGAGCAUCACCUCGGCGCGCUGGUCUCCUGGGUCUCCUCUGCAGCUGCCAAGGCCUCCGACAAGUUCAGGUGGGCCUUCCUGGAGCAGCCUUGGGCCGGCGCGGCCGGCCUCGCGUGUGCCGUGCUGCUCGCCGCCGCCGCAUACGCAGCGUACAUGCGCAUGAGCAUGAAGCACAUAGCAGAUAGAGGGUACCACGCACUAGGUGUGGAUGAGGUAGAGAGUCGGGAACGGCUGCAAGCGCAAUUUCUCAUCGCCGCUUCUCUAGGGCUUUCCGUCGCUGACAUUGUGUCGGACAUCUACGUCGCCACGACAUACUUUCGAAGCGGCCUGAUAGCUUUCGGAAGCCUGCUAGUGGCCAUCACGCUGGGUUCUGGGGUCGUGGGGUUCGUGCUGCACCGGGCGAGUUGGGAGCGGGCAGACGAAGGCAAGAACAUAGAUUUUUGGGCCCAGGGUCUGAACGAGCAGGGGGAGCGCCAGCCCGGGGUUAAGGAUUUGGUCUUGUACGUGCUGCAGAUAAAGCCCCUUCUUGUCGCGUACGAGUCCUUCCAGUUAGGGUCCGAAGCCGUAGUGCUGGUGAGGGAGAAGGUUCUGGCGCAGUUGAGCGAAAGUGUUCCGAGCGCACUGCUACAGGCAUAUGCGCUCGCAGUUGCAGGUGCGCCGCGAGAAGGCACCGUGUUUUUCCUCAUCCUGUCACUAGGCCUGUCGUUAGGAUCAAUGGCCGAUGCCGCGAACAAGGGCUACCGGCGGCUUUGCGCACCGGAUAUCGAUCCGGGCGUUUUGCCGGAAGCCGGCUUGCUGGCCUGGCGCUGCGCCGACGUCGGCGGACGCAUCUGCGGGUGGGCCCUCCUGGGCAUGGCCCUUCGUCCGGUGGACGCCUCCAGGCGUGGCGUCCAGCAGCCCUGGUUGCCCGCUUGGAUUCUGGUGGACAUCGCGGUGUCGGCGGCGAUCCACAAGUUGGUCCUCCAGAAGCCCUGGGAAAGUCUCAAGCGACCCCAGGACAUGCUGGAGCUGCUGCUCUGCGCCGUCACGAUCCCUUGGGGUUGCUUGCAGCAUGCAUUGCUGCAACGGCAGCUGCGGCUGCAACGGGUGCUGCUGCUUGGCCGCAGCCUCACCACCCUCGCGGCGGCAGCGGUGGUUGCUGCGAAGUAUGGCAGCACAGCGCCCGACGGCACAUGCCCACUCACGGCCCGGCCAGCCCUGGCUUCUCUGGCCGCUGCGGCUGUGGCCUUCAGUUUGGCCACGUUGCUGACCGCAGCCGUUUCGGAGAUUCUGCUGCGCUGGAACGUGACGUUGUUCCCAGUGGCUCAAGGCCUCCGCAGCGGCCCACUGCACCUAGCGGUGCGGCUGGGCAGCGUGGCCAACGUGCAGCGCAUCCUGGCUCAAACCGGUGGGCAUGAGGAGAGCUUGCUCCAUGUACAUGAAGCCGCGCAUUGCUGCGACGUAGAGGUUCUGAGAGCUUUGUACAGCAGCGGCGAAGCCAUGGACGCCACGGACGAGCGAGGGCGCCGUCCGAUCCACUUCGCCGCGGCGGCGGGCAGCGUCGGCGUGCUUCGAUUCCUGGCUGAAACUGAGGCUGUGGCCGACGCUGCAGACGAGAAGGGCAUCACGGCAGCCCACAUGGCCGCAGAGAUGGGCCACGUGGAUGCUCUGGAAGUGCUGCACAAGGCGCACGCUGUGGACCUCGAGGCCCGCGACGAGCACGCGGAAACUGCGGCACACAAGGCUGCCCGAGGUGGCCAUGCGGAGGCCUUGCGGAUGCUCUCACAGGCCAAGGCCGACCUGGAGGCCAAGGAUGAGGAAGGCUGUACGCCGGCGCACCUGGCCGCCGAAUUCGGCCGCCUGGCGGCUCUGGAUGCCCUCCGCGAGGCCAAGGUGGAGCUGGGUGCCAAAAGCAACACUGGCAGAACGCCGGCAUGGCUCGCAGCCAGCGAAGGCCACGCGGCGGCGCUGCGGCUCCUGCAACAGGCCCGGGCGGACCUCGGGGCAGCCGUGGACGACGGCCGCACUCCCGCCCUCAUGGCCGCCCAGAACGGCCACCGCGAGGCUCUGGAGGUCCUGCGCCAGGCUGGCGCGGACCUCGCUGCAGCGAAGAAGGACGGCCGAGCGCCCGCCCACUAUGCUGCGCAGAACGGGCACCUCGAGGCCCUGCGGCUUCUGCUGGAGGCUGGGGCAGAUCUGGCAGCCGCAGACGAAAACGGCGUCACCCCGGCCUUGCUCGCCGCCGAGAAGGGCCACGCCGGCGUGCUGCGGCUGCUGCAGGAGGCUGGCGCGGACCUCGCCGCAGCGAAGAAGGACGGCGUCACGCCCGCCUAUCGGGCUGCGCAGAACGGUCACCUCGAGGCCCUGCGGCUUCUGCUGGAGGCUGGGGCAGAUCUGGCAGCCGCAGACGAAAACGGCGUCACCCCGGCCUUGCUCGCCGCCGAGAAGGGCCACGCCGGCGUGCUGCGGCUGCUGCAGGAGGCUGGCGCGGACCUCGCUGCAGCAAGGAAGGACGGCCGAACGCCCGCCCACUUUGCUGCGCAGAACGGGCACCUCGAGGCCCUGUGGCUUCUGCUGGAGGCCCGGGCAGACCUGGGCUGCGCGUCCCAUGAUGGGACGACACCGGCCCAGCUGGCCGCCAUGAACGGCCAUGCGGAAGCCUUGCAGCUGCUGCGGGAGGCUGGGGCAGAUCUGGUGGCCGCAGACGAGAACGGCGUCACCCCGGCCUUGCUCGCCGCCGCAAAGGGCCACGCCGGCAUGCUGCGGCUGCUGCAGGAGGCUGGCGCGGACCUCGCUGCAGCGAAGAAGGACGGCAUCACGCCCGCCCAUCGGGCUGCGCAGAACGGGCACCUCGAGGCCCUGCGGCUUCUGCUGGAGGUUUGCUUUGCAAUGCUCUUCGAUGGAGGCCCACCCGGGCCCUCGGACCGAAGACAUUUGAGGGCAAAGGGCCAAGUCCCGGAGCCAUCGCCCAACCAGGCCCGGGCAGACCUGGGCUGCGCGUCCCAUGAUGGGACGACACCGGCCCAGCUGGCCGCCAUGAACGGCCAUGCGGAAGCCUUGCAGCUGCUGCGGGAGGCUGGGGCAGAUCUGGUGGCCGCAGACGAGAACGGCUGGACCCCGGCCUUGCUCGCCGCCCAGAAAGGCCACGCCGGCGUGCUGCGGCUGCUGCAGGAGGCUGGCGCGGACCUCGCUGCAGCGAAGAAGGACGGGCCUGAGCCGAGCAUAGAUUGGAAAGAAGCGGAGGAAAAGUUACGGGGCGGCUCUGUUUGGAAGGACGGCGCCACCCCGGCCUUGCUCGCCGCUCUGAACGGCCACGCCGGCGUGCUGCGGCUGCUGCAGGAGGCCAUGGCAUGCAGGAUCUUGCGCUCUUUCGGAUGA